UCCUCUGGGUCGCUAUUGCGUGAUACACCGGAACAAAGCCUCGGCGUGCGAUUUACAUAAUACAACUACUAAGUCGCCCCAUUCGAUUGACGUCUGGAGGCAAAAAUAGAAUAGGACCAAUACAUGUCCUGUACACACACACACACACACACACACAAUAUAUAACAAGAAAAGGAAAACAAAUAACAAAACGGGGCGGCGUUGUCGCCAUAAGCUUUUUAGUCUACCCGCCAACGCAGCGCAUCGUGCAUCCACCGUCGCCCGGUCUUGGUGAAAACUUCCCCGAGGAAACAAUAGCAAUACUAUGGACUUGUGAUUUCCUUAGACCGACCUGUGGGCAUCAUCAAUAUUGAAUUUAAUAUAAAACUGUUCAUUCGCCGAUCACCGAGAUAAGCCCGAGGUCGUCGUCGUCGCCGUACCGGGCAAGCCAUGGUGGAUAAACUACACGAGUACCAAGGUCCCGUGGGAAUCGCGCACACUUGGAGGGACGCGCUCCAGGAAAGAUGGUACGGUUGGAAAGAAAACCGUCCACGAACGCUGUUGCAGCUGUUGCAGUCUUUGGGACUGGCCGAGGUGCCGGGCAGCCCGGUCGAAGACGGACAGACUCCCGCGGGUGUCGACAUGGACCAGUACUCUCAUAUUUUCAGGAAAAAAACGAGGCGCGAACUCAUCCGGAUAUCCGCUGCCGUGAUGGGAAUAGAGUUUUCCUACGCUGCCGAAACGGCGUUCGUGUCACCGACGCUUUUGAAGAUUGGCGUCGACCAUCAGCACAUGACUCUGGUUUGGGCCGUGUCGCCUUGCAUAGGAUUUUUCGUCACCCCAAUCCUCGGAUCGUUGAGCGACAGGUGUACCCUUCCGUUGGGUCGACGGAGGCCGUUUCUGAUACUACUCGCCUGUGGCGUUUUCCUGGGUAUGAUGUUGGUGCCAAACGGCGAGUCGUUGGGUCACUGGGUGGAAGGAGCGUCGGGGCCGGGCGUUUCGAAUUUUUGGCCGAUAUUUUUUACGGUCCUGGGCACGGUGCUGUUGGAUUUCGACGCGGACGCCUGUCAGAGCCCGGCCCGUGCAUACCUCUUGGACAUAUGCGUGCCAGAGGACCACGCGAAGGGUCUCAGCACCUUCACGGUCAUGGCCGGUCUGGGAGGUUUCGUCGGCUAUCUACUCGGCGCGGUGGACUGGGACUCGUUGAAAUUCGGUGAGCUGAUGGGCGGUCACGUAAGAGCCGUAUUUACUUUGGUCACAUUCCUGUUUGUCGGAUGCAUCUCGUACACUGUCAGCAGUUUCAAAGAGAUGCCGUUGAAAUUGCAGCGGUACAAUCAAACCCGGAUAAUGGUCACCGACGUCGACCAAGGCGGCGACGGUGACAAGCUCACAGACUACGCGCCAAAGUCUUACGGCACACUCGUAGACGCCCUCGAGGAGAACAACGAACCAGUUCUUAUACCGGAGCAUGCCACUUUCACGCACUACCUCAAGACCAUAGUAGUGAUGCCCACGUCGAUAAAAUUGGUGUGCUUGACCAAUCUGUUCUGUUGGAUGGCGCACGUGUGUUAUUCGCUGUACUUUACAGAUUAUGUGGGAGAGGCGGUCUUCGGCGGCGAUCCCACGGCUCCACCGGGAAGCCAGGGAAAACUGUUGUACGAGCAAGGCGUUCGUUUCGGAUCGAUGGGCAUGUCCAUGUACUCGUUGUCGUGUGCUUGUUAUUCGAGUGUCAUUGAAAAAUUCAUCAAACGCUUCGGUGCCAAAAGAGUUUACACGGGCGGUCUGCUAUUCUAUUCUGCCGGCAUGUUUAUGAUGGCCGUCACCAGGCAUAAGUUCAGCGUGAUAUUCUUUUCAUGGGCUGCCGGCGUCAUGUAUUCCACAAUGUUCACCAUGCCUUUUCUCUUGAUAGCGCACUAUCACUCCACCAACAAGUUUUCCGAAAGUUUGGGCGACAACGAACGAGUCGACGACCAAAUCAGAGGCCUGGGCACAGACGUGGCCGUGGUCAGCUCGUCAGUGUUUGUCGCCCAGUUCAUCCUGUCAAUGUGCAUGGGCACCAUAGUGAACUUUUUCGGCACCACGUCCGCGGUGGUGUACACGGCAUCGUUUUUGGGAUUUUGCGCUUCACUAAUCGCUUCGCAAAUAGUCUACAUGGACCUGUGAGUCUGUCCGGGGCACACUCGCUAGUCACCCGUUCGGCUGGAUCUGUAAAUGCCCUACAAAACUCUCUGCCUCUCACUCGUUGUGGUUGUUGUUUCACACUAUUCCUACAAAUGUUACAACGUUAAUCCAUAUAGCAGUAUUAAUAUAGUUUUCCCCAAAUAAACUCCACUCGUUAAAUUUUGCUCGAAAUUUUGUGAUUUUCGUCGCUCGUUCGGCCCAGAACGGCUACCGAGAAGUCAUCGUUACGUUUACGACGAGCAGAUGAUAAUAAUAUUAGGUAUAUUAUUACACUAUACAUCUCAUCGCAGUCCAACUGGGUCGCGGCCGCCUUUUCCUUUGGCAAUUUCAUAAAUGAUUACAAUAUAAAACCGCCGAAAGGUCGUUUGCGGACUGUUUUAUAAAUGCCACAACAAUCGAUAUAAUAAACGAGCGUAUUCCGACUUUUAA